CAGCGGCGGGAGCGCACCGGAGGACGCCUUAGCGCUGCUUGGCUUUUCGGAGCGGGAGUUGCAGCAGGCGCCGUCCGCGGGGCUCGCUCGCUGGCAGGAGGAUGAUUCGGGCGUUCUCGUUCCCCGUCAGCCCGGAGCGGAGCCGGCUCCGCGGCUGGCUGGAAGGCACCUUGGCCGGCUUGUGUGAGCUGCAUUUGCUGCGGGAGCGCCAGGAGCGCCGCGUCAGGCAGGCGCUGCGCAUCGCCGCCGAGUCCUCGACCAAGCAGGGAGAUGGCGAGGCUGGAAGCGGCGGCGACGGCGGCGGGGAGGCGGCUCCGGAGGACCAGCUGGAUGCCCUGCCUGGCUUGAUGUGGGAGCUGGAGCAGCAGCUGGGAUUGCUGCGCCUGUACCCGGAGAAGACCUGUGGCGGGGAGUCAGCUGAGAUGGACAGCUGGCCCAGUUCAGGUUUCUACGAGGGAUCACAGUCAGCAGUGGCCUCUGAUUCUCCUGCAUCCAGGUUCGGGGACUCCUCUUCUGGCUUCCCUUCAGCCUCGGGGUCCUACUCCCGGAUUGGCCGUCCAGAGUCUCGCCUGGGCUAUGCCAGUGAGCGCCCCAAGUCAGUAGGUGACAUGGGCAACGACAGCAAAGAAGGGGCCAACCGGAGCACAGUGCCCCGCUCCUUCUCUGCCCCCUAUUCCAGUUCCCACGACUACCCUGAAGAGCCGUUGCCUCCCUGCUAUCCACCAGACCCUUUCCUGUACCCGAGCCCCCUCCACGCGGUGGCCCUGCAGAACCCCCUACUCCGGAGCCAUCUCUACGAAGACCCUGCUUUCUCUUCAGCUGUGUCCCAGGCUUUGGCCUACCCCACUGACCAAGACGGGGGCCUGGACACCUACGGCAAUGAGUUCCAGUUCUACUCAGAGGCGGCUUCCCACUGCCACAAGGUGGAGAGCUAUAUCUCACGCCUCGUCCGCCGCCGCAGCCAGCUGGUGAGGGGCAGCAAACCCCGGACCAGCCUCGGCUCAGAGCCCCCCACGAAGAGCAGCGUGGUCCGGCAGAACAGCCUGUGCAAGAGACCCCUGGAGUUGCUUCCCCCGCAGGCUGAACGCAAGCACCCACCGGCCAUGGAAAGAGGCAGCAGUACCCCUUCACCCUGUGGCCACGAAGGGGGGGCUGCCAUGGCCACACGCAUCUGGUCCUCAUGGGAUGCUGCCGCUGAGAGGACACUGGCCACCAAAGCAGCAGUUGAGGACUAUAGCCCACCCCAUUCCAGCCUCAAGAAGCCCCCAAAGCUGCAGGCUGUGGCCCACAUGAGGCCUCCCUCUGUGGAUCAAUAUGAAGCUGCGUACCCAUCAUCCCCUCGGCCGGAUAGGGAGGAUGUGGUCUCUCGAGGGAACCCCCCGGAGCCAGUCUCCUAUGAGUCUGAGGAUGCGGCCUGCCUCAUGGUCAAAGCCUAUUAUAUUCCCGCUCAACAGCCAACAAGGGCUCAGCAGGCUCACCGGGCUGGCAAAAAGAAACCCCCACCCCUCACCAAGGGACGCUCCGUGGAACUGUCACCCGAGCGAGUCCCUCUGCUACCGAGGGAGCGACCGCGGGUUUCGGCACCCCCCAAGAAAUGCCGCUUCACUGAAGAGGGGGGUGAGGUUGUAGGAAGGAAAGGGGCUGGAAGGAAAAGCUCCCCCCGAUCUAGGAAAGCUGCCCGGUCGCAGUCUGAGAACAGCCUCCUAAAUAAACCGGGGGUCAAGUAUGGGACGACUGAACGGGAGGAAAUGGCCAGCAAACCGGCCCGUCAACGGCGGUCUCAUGGCAGUGUGGCCGGUGGCUACCGCAAGUGGCGGUCAACGGUGGAGAUAUGCCAAGAGGAGGCAUCUACAGGAAGUGGCGGUGAGCCACACCAGAGCCAGCGGGGGGUUGGUCCGGUGGAGUACGCAUAUGCUGGAAGCGACUCCGAGUGCUCAGGUGAGCAGGCCCAUCAAGCACCCAUGUGCCGCCUAGAGGAAGGCCUGGUUUAUGGAGACAGCGAGUCCAGCCUCAGCGAAGGGGACUCACCUCCCCCCUACAGCAGUGGGCCGUCCAGUGACACGGAUGAGAGUAGUGGUCUGGUGUGGCCACAGCAACUCUCCCCACAACUUGUGUCGGCCUCUGGGCCUGGGAAGGCUGCUGGUGGGCAACCCAAGGUCUUUGUCAAGAUCAAGGCCUCACAUGCACUGAAGAAGAAGAUUAUGCGCUUCCGCUCUGGCUCCCUCAAGGUCAUGACAACUGUGUGAGGGAUGCCAGUCCUUGCCACCCCUAUAGUCUCUCCACAUCCCUCUUUUGACAGAAAGAUCCCCUCAAACGCACCACAUAUUCCUUUUCAAUUCCCCAACAUCCAGUUUGGCUCUAACCUGGGACUGAUCUGCUCCAUUUUCCCCCGGGGGGGGAAUUGUUGUGGAAGUAAACGCUGCCAUUGACAGAGCUUGGCAUGUCUGGUAUCUUAUUCCCUUUGCCCAGCUGCACGAAAAUCGCUGAGACCAUGGCUCACUCUCUCUGUGCCUGCUUCCCUCUUUCUUAUCAAGUCCAUUUUUAAAGGAGAGGUAUUUAUUAUGGCUUUUGUACAGUUAACUUCUCAGGAGUCCAAGUUUUGGUACAAAACUCUGGAAUCUGAACCAACACUGCCAAUCUUGUAUUUCUAUAAAGACAUUCUUCCUCUCUGUGUGUGUAAAUAAAAUUCAGCGUUUUGUUUUU